CUUGUGGGGAAAUCUCUCUGCUCAAUACACCAGUCUUUUAUAAACCAAUCCAUGUCGCUCAAUCCGCCUACCGUGGCAAUCGGCACGAAAAUGAUGUUGACCCCUUGAACCACGCAUCAAAUCGUUGAUCUAUUCCUCGACUUCAGCUGCAGGACUAAACAUAUCCGACGGAGCGGGGCGUCCCAUCAGAGGCAGGUCCGAGCGCAGUAGCAGGUGUCCCGGCUCGUACUCGGCAAGCGCGUGUCCUCGAUAGAUAGAGCCGUAGCCUCCCGCUAUAGAGGUCUGGCCUUGGUUCCCCUUGCAGUCCGUCCCAUUACACCGAGGUCUCCAAGAUACGUAUAAAUUGCAUACGCCACUCGCGUCACUUCCCCCACAAACAUGAACAGUCUCAUCAAUAUCGUUGUCUGGGUGUUAGUAGCUUGCGUUCUUAUUGCCUUGGUUAUUCCAAGGUUUGAGAGAAUGGCUAGACUACCACUCCCCCCAGGUCCGAAACCGCUUCCCAUCAUGGGCAACUUCCUCCAAUUGAAUAUUGCUCGACCAUGGCUAACAUAUACACACUGGAGGAAAAAAUAUGGCGAUCUGAUCUAUUUUCGCCUCCUUGGACUUGACUUUAUCGUGGUCAAUUCGGAAAAGGUUGCAAGAGCACUCAUGGAUCAACGUUCCGCCAUAUAUUCUGAUCGCCCCUUUAUCGCAACAAACGAGCUUUUUGGCCUCGAUUUUAGUACCGUCAUGCUGCCUUACCACGGCACUGACUGGAGACUUCACCGCAAGAUGUUUCACCAUGCACUUCGCUUGGAGAGUGCAUCACGCUAUCAUCACAUCCACACGAAAAGAGUUCGAGCAUUGCUGAAGGAUCUGCUUGAUGAUCCAUCACAUUUCGAAAUCCAUAUCCAGAGAUUCAUUGCCUCGAACGUUAUGGCGUUUACCUACGGGUACGAUGUAGCUCCGCGCAACGAUCCAAUAGUUGCCAAUGUCAAAGAACUUGUCGAUAUACUCGCAAAGGCACUCUCCCCUGAGCGUAGCGCCAUCGUGUCCGUUUUUCCAAUACUCGCUCGCCUGCCUGCGUGGCUCCCUGGUCUAGGAUCUCAACGUGACGCUGCUCGUGCGAGAGAAUUAGCAGGACAAGUGCUCAAUGUGCCGUUCAAUCUGGUCAAGAAGAAUAUUGAUGCCGGGUUGGCCACUCAUUCCAUGGUAUCUGAUUGCUUAGCUCAAAUCGACGAGAAGGAAGACCAACAUAAACAAGAAGCCGCUAUAAAAGCGGCGGCAGCUACUGCCUUUAUAGCUGGCUUUGAGUCGAGCUCAUCGAUGCUGCAUACAUUCAUUCUCGCCAUGAUUCUCUAUCCAGAGGUGCAGGCGAAGGGUCAGGCAGAGAUUGAUUCUGUCAUAGGGGUAACUAGCAGAUUGCCAGAAUUCGACGACCGACCGCUGCUACCGUACGUCGAUGCGAUCCUUCGAGAGCUGCUGAGAUGGAUUCCUGUGGUUCCUCUGGGCAUACCCCAUGCUACUUCAAAGGACGAUGUUUAUGAUGAUUGCUUCAUUCCCAAGGGCGCAUUGGUGAUAAACAACGUUUGGGCAAUGAGCAGAGAUGAAUCAACACACGGGGCCGAUGUUGAAGACUUUAGGCCUGAACGGCACCUCACAGCUGAAAACAACUCGAACCUCCAGCCCAUCUCCGCUGACCCAAUUUUUGGGCUCGGUCGUCGUAUAUGCCCAGGGAGAUUCACAGCGGAGGCGGUGAUCUGGAUCGCCAUUGUGAAUAUUCUCGCGACAUUUCGCAUUGUGAAGUCGAAGGACAUCUUGGGUGAAGAAAUCGAUGUGAAGAAAGAAUUUACCGCCGGUAUAGCCAUCCAACCCAUACACUUCUCUUGCUCUUUUGUCAGCCGUUCAGAAGAAAGAGCAUCUACUCUGUGAUUUACAUUCGCCUAGGAAGCUAAUCAUACGGCUCCCACCCUCAGAAGUAAAAAGAAUGCCGAGCAUUCCACGAGAUUACAUUAAAGCAACAGUAUACUUACACGCAGGGGAAAAUGUAGAUGUGAAGAUGAAUAGG